AUGAAUUGGAUAAGAAAUGGAAUUGAAAAACAAGAUGGUUGUUGUAUGCACGUUUUAGAAUUUAAUAAUUAUCAUGAUUCAAAUUUUUGUAUUUCUUCUGACCAAAUUUAUUUGUAUAAAAUCAAUAUGUUCACUGGACUCUUAAAGAAAUCAAAUAAUACCUUAAACUAUGGUAUUAUGAAUAAAUCUGCUCUCUUUGGAAAUUACUCUCAAAUGAGAAACUUCCACAAGAUUAAGGUUACCGGACCAGUAGUUGAAAUGGAUGGUGAUGAAAUGACCCGUAUCAUCUGGGAGAUGAUCAAGUCAAAGCCACUUUACUUUGAUCUUGGAUUACCACACCGUGAUGCCACCAACGAUCAAGUUACCAUUGAUGCUGCCAUGGCCAUCAAGGAAGCAAAAGUCGGUAUCAAGUGUGCCACAAUCACACCAGACGAAGCUCGUGUCAAAGAAUUCCAUUUGAAGGAAAUGUGGAAAUCACCAAAUGGUACUAUUCGUAAUAUUUUGGGAGGUACCGUUUUCAGAGAACCAAUCGUCAUCAAGAAUAUCCCAAGAUUGGUUCCAAGAUGGACAAAGCCAAUCGUAAUCGGUAGACACGCCUUUGGUGAUCAAUACAGAGCCACCGAUUUCUUGGUCGAUGGUCCAUGCAAGUUGGAGAUGAUCGUCACUCCAAAGAACGGUAAGCCAGUGUCACGUACCGUCUACGACUUUAAGAGCAGCGGUGUCGCUAUGGGUAUGUACAACACCGACGAAUCGAUCACCGAGUUUGCACACUCUUGUUUCGCCUACGCAUUGGAGCGUAAGUACCCAUUGUACUUGUCCACCAAGAACACCAUCUUGAAGAAGUAUGACGGUCGUUUCAAAGAUAUCUUUGAGGAUAUCUACCAGUCAAAGUACCGCAAGCAGUACGAAGCUGCCGGUAUCUGGUACGAGCACCGUUUGAUCGACGACAUGGUUGCCUUUGCCAUCAAGUCGAACGGUGGAUACGUCUGGGCAUGCAAGAACUACGACGGUGACGUCCAAUCCGAUGUCGUUGCACAAGGUUACGGUUCGCUCGGUCUCAUGACUUCCGUGCUCUCCGCACCGAACGAUAACAUCGUCGAGGCAGAAGCAGCACACGGUACCGUCACUCGUCACUUCCGUCAACACCAAGCCGGUAAGGAAACCAGUACCAACUCUGUUGCCAGUAUUUUCGCUUGGACCAGAGGUUUGUCACACAGAGCCAAGAUCGACAACAACGCCGACCUCAUGAACUUUGUCAACAAGUUGGAGAAGGCAUGCAUCACCACCAUCGAGAACGGUCACAUGACCAAGGAUUUGGCACUUUGCAUCUACGAAGAGAAGGAUCUCAAGAGAGAGCACUAUCUCAACACCGGUGACUUUAUCGACAAGGUUGCAGAGACUUUAAGAAAAUCACUUUAA